AACAACCCAGAACUCUAUAGGGGGCUAGAGAAAGCUGCCAUGGCCCCGCUCUUCGCCGAGGAGCAGGCUCGACGCCAUCUUCAACGCUUGCAGGAAGUGGAAUUGUCCAAUGCUUCCGAAGUGGCUCAGUAUCGAGCCCAAAUCAGAUCACUCACGCGGGAAAUACAAUUAUUGAAGUUUCAGCCGGCCACCCUCAGUGACGAGGAUGCCACACGAGAGAUGAAUCGUCUGCAGCAGCGGUUGAAUGGCUGGAUCAACUCUUGUUUCCGUGAUCCACAUCUCCUGGAGAAGCUCAAAUGGGACCUCGAGGUCCAUGGGGCAGCCUUUGUUCCAAACGGACAGCACGAACUACGUGCUUUCAUCUCCUCCGCUGUCAGCGGGACGUUUUAUGAGCAUGUCUUUGGUCGGUUUCUAUCAGGAUUACCCUGUCCCCGGCAUGUUGCCCACCACUGGCGCAAGGCCACAAGCAUCGCGGCGGAGGAGCUCGGGGAUGAACCCGGGAUCGUCAAUGCGGUGGUAGCGCAGGUGGAGGCGGACUUUUCGCAAUACUUCUCGAUUGAUCCGUCCAGUGGAAGCACCAAGUUGCGCACUCUGGUUCGGGCGUGUCUCCAAUUCAAGCGUCGUCUGGAUCGCCAGGAAAGCCAUUAUCGCUUCUUUCGCAGCGCCUUUGGUACUCCCUUUACCUCAGAGACCAUGCAGCAUGCCCUGAUUCCCGAGGAUAUUGGGGAUCACGUUCAAUGCGCAUUGUGGCCGGGCAUAUACAAAGAGUCGAGGAACGGAUGGCUCGUCAUCGAACCGGAAACCGUCUUGGCCAAGAAGAUUGUAGUGCCCAGCAAGUCAGUCAGCCUUUGGGACCAAGAUGAGCCUAUGCUUGGCUUGCUGGGAUUUGAUAAAUGGGAUGACUGGGAUGGAUUGAUUCCGUGGCCGUUGACUUGUACUGCAGAACACGGAACGCCUCUCAGCUGUUAG